GGGCCGCAGCCUCCGCGCCCCGCCGCCCGCGGUCACACACUCGGAGCCUUCCCGCGAGCGGGAGAGAGCCCACAGCGAUGCGCCCAGGCCGGCGGUGAGGCGGAGGCGCGGGAGCAGCAGCCGCAGCGGCGGUGACCGCGGCCGAAUCCGGACCCCAAGGUGCCGCGGCGCCCCAAGUUCCCGCCAUGAACAGUCGGCUCUGGAUGCUCCACGGCUCUGGGAACUCCCGCCCGGCGGAGCACGACCACAACGCCUCGCGGCCCCGACACUCCUAACGCCGCCCUUCGCGGGUCCCGCGGCCGCCGCCUCCCGCGUCCCCGCCGCCUCCUCUUCGGCCGGCGCAGCGCCACCAGCAGCAUGUCUCGAAGGAAGAUUUCGUCCGAGUCCUUCAGCUCCCUGGGCUCUGACUACCUGGAGACCAGCCCGGAAGAGGAGGGGGAGUGCCCCUUGUCUAGGCUCUGCUGGAACGGCAGCCGCAGCCCGCCAGGGCCUCUGGAGCCCAGCGAGGCGGCUGCCGCCGCCCCGGCCCUGGCAUCCUCCACCAUUGCCGCUGCCGCUGCCGCUGCCGCUGCCACCGCCGCCAGCUCCACGGCAGGGGCUAGGAGAACGCAGCGCCGGAGGCGGGUCAACCUGGACUCGCUGGGUGAGAGCAUCAGCCGCCUGACGGCGCCCUCGCCCCAGAUGAUACAGCAGACUCUUAAGAGGACAUUGCAGUAUUAUGAGCACCAAGUUACUGGUUAUAGGGAUGCAGAAAAGAAUUUCUACAAUAUCUCUAACAGAUGCUCCUAUGCAGACCAUUCCAACAAAGAGGACAUUGAAGAGGUCUUGGGAAUUCUUCAGUGUACUGCUAAUGUACUCGGUUUGAAGUUUGAAGAAAUUCAAGAAAGAUUUGGUGAGGAGUUCUUUAAUAUAUGCUUUGAUGAGAAUGAAAGAGUUCUUCGAGCUGUAGGUGGCACGUUGCAGGACUUUUUUAAUGGCUUUGAUGCUUUAUUGGAACACAUUAGAACUUCUUUUGGAAAACAGGCCACUCUGGAGUCUCCGUCAUUCCUAUGCAAAGAGCUCCCUGAAGGUACUCUUAUGCUUCACUACUUCCACCCUCACCAUAUUGUGGGAUUUGCAAUGCUUGGGAUGAUUAAAGCUGCAGGAAAGAAGAUCUAUCGGCUGGAUGUAGAAGUUGAUCAGGUUGCAAAUGAGAAACUGUGCUCAGAUGGUUCAAACCCAGGCAACUGUAGCUGUCUUUCUUUCCUUAUCAAACAAUGUGAAAAUACUAAUAUCACGAAGAACCUUCCACAGGGAACCUCCCAAGUUCCUGCAGACCUGAGAAUUAGCAUCAACACCUUCUGCAGAGCCUUCCCUUUCCACUUGAUGUUUGACCCCCACAUGUCAGUCCUUCAGCUGGGAGAAGGACUAAGGAAACAGCUCCGAUGUGACACUCACAAAGUGCUUAUGUUUGAGGACUGCUUCGAGAUCGUUUCUCCAAAGAUUAAUGCCACCUUUGAAAGGGUCCUGCUGCGACUGUCUACUCCGUUUGUGAUCAGGACCAAGCCUGAGGCUUCUGGCACUGAGAAUAAAGAAAAGGUGAUGGAAGUGAAAGGACAAAUGAUCCAUGUCCCAGAAUCAAAUUCCAUUUUGUUCUUGGGUUCUCCAUGUGUGGACAAGUUGGAUGAACUUAUGGGACGAGGACUGCAUCUCUCGGACAUCCCUAUCCAUGAUGCGACCCGAGAUGUCAUUUUGGUUGGCGAGCAAGCAAAGGCCCAGGAUGGCUUGAAGAAGAGAAUGGAUAAAUUAAAAGCAACUUUGGAAAGAACUCACCAGGCCCUAGAAGAAGAGAAAAAAAAGACAGUGGAUCUUCUAUAUUCUAUUUUCCCUGGUGAUGUAGCCCAGCAGUUGUGGCAAGGCCAGCAAGUGCAGGCCAGAAAGUUUGAUGAUGUCACCAUGCUCUUUUCAGACAUUGUUGGCUUCACAGCCAUAUGUGCCCAGUGUACCCCCAUGCAGGUGAUCAGCAUGCUGAAUGAACUGUACACAAGAUUUGACCACCAAUGUGGAUUUUUGGAUAUUUAUAAGGUGGAAACAAUAGGUGAUGCAUACUGUGUUGCUGCAGGGCUCCACAGAAAAAGCCUUUGCCAUGCUAAACCCAUUGCUCUGAUGGCCCUGAAGAUGAUGGAACUUUCAGAAGAGGUGCUGACACCUGAUGGAAGACCAAUUCAGAUGAGGAUAGGCAUUCACUCGGGCUCUGUGCUGGCUGGAGUUGUUGGAGUGAGAAUGCCACGAUACUGCUUGUUUGGAAAUAAUGUCACUCUGGCAAGCAAAUUUGAAUCGGGAAGUCACCCUCGACGCAUCAAUGUCAGCCCAACCACUUACCAGUUAUUAAAACGAGAAGAAAGUUUCACAUUUAUUCCUCGAUCCCGUGAAGAGCUUCCAGACAACUUUCCAAAGGAAAUCCCUGGGAUCUGCUAUUUCCUGGAGGUAAGAACUGGUCCUAAGCAGCCAAAACCUUCUCUUUCUUCUUCAAGAAUAAAAAAGGUUUCCUACAACAUUGGCACCAUGUUCCUCCGGGAGACAAGCCUCUGAGACUUGCUGCAGAUCAAAGACUCCUCCAAAAAGCACAAGCCCAGAACAUGGGUCAUGACAGGAAAAUGGAGAGAUUGUUUUUCUUUCACUGCUUUGUUGAGAACAAGCUGUGGAAUUUCUGUUAUGUCAGGCAAUAAUCCUAGGAAAAGGUGGAUGAUGACUGUCAAUAAAAACACUGGAGGGCAAGGGGGAAAUAAGAUGUGUCCAUUCUUAUGAAUGUUUUUGGAUGACGAGUACAGGCAUCUUUCAAAACUAAUCAAUAAAUAGGUUCCAUGUCUUCUUGUUUGUCACAUGUAAAGGUAUCUUUAUCUAUAUAUUUGUAUCACUUUUGAGAGUCAGUUUUGAUUAUAUAUUCCUACAUUUAGUGCGUUGGUAUAAGAGGAAUAUUUUCUAAUUUUGUUUUUUCUGAACAGACAUUUCAUACAUGUAUCAUGGCAGUGUGGUAAACUUCCCAGCAGGAAAAAACUGUAAUUCAGCAAAAUAUUUUAGGGAUAUUACCUAUUUUUAUACAUAUCUCUUCUAGAUAACUACAUUUCACACAGCAUUAUUAGAUUUUCAGAAUCUACUACUGUGUAUUUGGUAUACUAUGUAACUCUAACCUGUUAGUUGAAUAUAGUUUAACUAAUUAAGAGAGAUUAGUGCUUGGACUGAAAAUACAUAUAACCUAGGAUUUCAGAUGCUGGAAAAGCAUUGUAUAUCUGCUUAGUAAAUAUAUGUUUUAGAUUUGGUUAAUGUAGCAUAGAAUCCAGAUGAAAUCAGAUUUCCUAAUAGCAAUAUACAUAUCUGUAACCAAAAUUAAAGGUUUUUCUGUCAUCUUCUAACAAGUAUCAAUGAAAAUAAAAUGCUUUGCUACCUUAGAAACUUUUCAAUUUAGCACUUCUAAAUAUAAAUAGUUUUUACAAUGUACUAAACUGCGUUCUAAUUAACAGCAUCCUACUAAAUAACAAGGUAGUCCACCCUCCUCCCCUGCCCCUCAUCUUCCUCAAUGAAUGCCUCCUAAGUGCAAACUGCCACACUUAGGAACAAAUUCCUAGAUACUGGCAUUAGUGAGAAAGAGGUGUAGGAUAUUUUGCAGAGAAUGUUGUUUCUUCUUACAUAAUAAAAGGAAGGAAAAAUACUAUAUUUUAUGGCUUUGAGAUUAAAAACAAAUGUUCUUCUGCAGUUUGUUUGAUGUGACUUUUUAAUUAGUGAAUCACCUUCAUUAACUAACUAACUUUCAGAACUAGUAAUCACCAUAGUUACAGAUAAGUUUCCAUCGCAUGUUCUAGAAAGUAGGCCUGUUCUCGUAAUUAACAGUGCAUGAAAAUAUUACAGACUCACCCUGAAAUUAGGAGCACAGUGUGUCUAGAGUUUUCCUGUAUUGGACCAGAUAUAAACCUGUUUCAUUUAUUUCCUUGAAAUCUUGGGGUGGCCAUUUUCUUACUCCAUUAAGUAUAUUCAUUGGUCGCUUAUGUCUACUGAGUACAAUAUAUUUCUUUUUCUGAUUAGAAAUUUUUGCUGCAUUAUCAUUUAGUUAUGAUGUAACUCAGCUAAUGAGCAUAAUAACUAGUUUCCAAUGGUGUCUGUGAGGAUUAUUAAUGUUUUUCAUGCUCUAAGUGUGUAGCUAAAAAAAAUUUUAGAUAUGGAAAUUAUUGUUAUAAUGAUGAUCAUUUUUUAUGAUUGUUGAACUCUGUUCUCUUCCUGGGGCACAAAUGCAACACUCUUCGUGUGGAGACAGGACCUGGACCCUGAGCUCUCUGAAUCCUUGCCCAUCCUUUUUUCCCUGGGUAUAGGUGUCUAUUUUUAACCACAUGUGGACAAGAAGGCAAGGGUGUUUACAGGAGGCUGUGUAGGCUGAAGACAAGUUGCUUUCAUGGGAAUGAUUACUUACAAAAGAAUUGCUUUAGGGGACUGAGUGAUUUAACUCACUUCCUUCAUAGGGAAUAGAGGGCAACUUUACAGAUAGUGUGGAAAGAACAGGGUCUUGGAGCACUUCCUUCCUCCUGCUGAGAGUAGGAAAUACCUUAGCUGUGCUGAUGGGCUUCUUAUAGCACAGGAGCAUGGGGAGAGAACCAAGCUCACUGAAGUCAUUUAUGCUUGUUCUGCACAGUAAUUUAAAGCUUACUAUAGUAAAUCAUAAAUGUUUUGGUGGUAAACAGUGUAUUUGUAAUCUUGAGAUUGAAAGGGACUUCUAGGAAUCAUCCAAUCUAUUUCUCUGCUUUUGUAAAAAUUUGUCUAAGUACCUCUUCUAAGUGUAUGGUUAUUCUCUUUAUACUUAAAAAUACCUGUGGGAAGGAUAUUUUAAAAUCGUCCUUGAAAAUCCUGUUCGUUAUUUAGUACUUGGUGAUAUGACCUUG